UAGGCAAUUAGUAAAAUAAAAACUGAUAAUAUAUGCGGCUAUAGCUGAGUACGUCUCUGCUUACAGUUAGAAACAAAGAAUUCUUUUUCUCUAUAAAGCUCAAUAAAAUGGCGCAUACAUCUACAAGAGCCUCAUUUCCUCGACGAAGUGGCACCAAGUUGAAUUCAAAGGCGACAAACCAACCAUCGUAAUAAUGAGAGGCAAGCCUAAUCAGAAACCUGAAAUUUUAAAAUUCUGUAAACACAUCAUGGUUGUACUUGGAUUGUGGAGAAGUAAGCUGACAGAGAAUACGUUUCUGGACAGAAUUUAUCUACUUUAUUCUGUAUGUAUCCACAUUUAUUUGUUUUUAUUAAUAUUUUCCAUGUGCACUUGGGUUAGUAUUAGCAUCACACACAAAAACAAGUCACAGGAAGAAAUUGAAAGGAUAAUGACAGCUAUUACGUAUCUCAUCAACAUGUUCGUAAUUAUGCUUAAAGUAAUUCUCUGCGAAACGAAAGGGAUUCGGAGAACGUUAGAAUUUGUACAGGAAGAGGAGAAAAAAAUCAACCAAUCUGAGUCCGAGGAUAUAUUGGAUACUCAUUUAGAAAAUGUAAAAUUUUGCAAUCGCGUCAAUUCCGUUCUGGCUGUUUCCUACAUAGUGCUUUAUGUUUGCUUUGCGCUUAUCGAAAAUACGCUUGCCCGAAUCAAAACAGGACAAUAUAAUAAGAUACACAACGAAACUUUGACAAAACCGCUGAUAUACGACGUAUAUCUUUAUAAAAUCAACCCUAUAAGAUACGAAACGAUAAUUAUGCUCUACGAAUAUGUGGCGGCCGCCAUAUUCUUGGCAUUUAACCUUUCAAACAAUGUGAUUUUGUCCUGCAUCAUCUUUGCAUCGUCGAUGAUAAAGUCUUUGCAAAUCAAACUGCGUAAAACUGGAAACGAAGUUUUGACCACUCUGAAAAAGAAUGCCCAGGAACAUCAACAACUCAUAAGAUUUGUGGAAGAACUGAAUGAGUUACUUAAAUAUCUCAUCUUGAUUGAGUACUCGACUAUAUCACUUAAUAUAGCGCUUGCGGCACUCCGUUUUAUACAGGACGACACUCUUUCCAUGCGGAUUGGUAGUUUGUUUUAUUCUGGCUCUUUCGCUAUAUACAUCCUUGCAUUGGGUUGGAGUUCAAACGAAAUCAGACUGCAGAGCAUGGCAAUUGCGGACGCCAUUUACGAUAGCAACUGGUAUAACCAAGAUGAGGAAGCUAAGCGUAUAUUGUUUAUGAUGAUGAUGCGAGCUAAAAAACCUCUACAUAUGACUAGAGGACCGUUUGACGAAAUGACACUUCAAUCGGCUGUAACAGUUACUUUCUGCCAAACGAAAGGUGUUCGAAACGCAUUUGCUUAUGUUGAGGAGGAAGAAGAAAAAAUGAUGAAAUCAGAGGACCAGGAUAUAUUAAAGGCACACUCUAAGCAAGUAAACUUUUGCAACACAGUGACUACGAUUUUGGCUACUUUUUACCUGCUACUAUAUGUUUGUUUUGCACUUAUCGAAAAUACGCUGGCCAGACUUAAGAUCAAGCAAUACAAUGAGAUGCACAACGAAACCUUAAUAAAGCCGUUGAUAUAUGAGGUGUACCUUUAUAAAGUGAAUCCCAUAAAAUAUGAGACAAUUAUUAUGCUUUACGAAUAUUUUGGAGGCGUUAUAUUAUUGGCAUUUAGUCUCUCAACUAAUGCUAUGUUGUCUUGUAUUAUGUUUGCUUUAUCAAUGAUAAAGGUUCUGCAAAUUAAAAUACGAAGAAUGACGGAUAAGGAUCAAGAUGCUAUUAUUAUUUUGAAAAACAACGCCCAAGAACACCAGCGAUUUAUAAGAUUUUUAGAAAAUCUGAAUGAAUUACUUAAGUAUCUCAUUUUAAUAGAGUAUUCGACGAUAUCACUCAAUAUAGCUCUUGUGGCACUUCGCUUUUUACAGGUUUUUAUAGGCCUCUUAUAUUUUCAGGAUGACACUCCCACCAUGCGGAUUGGGAGGAUAUUCUUCUCUGGCGCUUUUAUUGUUUACAUUCUUGCAUUGGGUUGGAGUUCGAACGAAAUCAAGUUGCAGAGCAUGGCAAUUGCCGAUGCAAUUUACGAUACUCCGUGGUAUGAUCAAAGUGAAGAAGCGAAGCGUAUAUUGCUUAUAAUGAUGAUGCGAACAAAAAGACCGCUAAGGAUGACUAAAGGCCCGUUUGACGACAUGACACUUGAAUCGGCUGUAACAUUGUUGUUAUUUUUAGGUACUCAAAGGCGCGUAUACUUAUGUGACAAUCAUGGCAUGAUUCGGUGAUCAACAAAUUACGCCUAUAAUAGUUUUGCUUUUGAAACCAUUUGUUUAAAAUCAAUAUUUCCUAUAUUUCUUAAUUCUGAAAUUCUGGAAUUUAUUUUGUACUGACUUUCUUGAAUCUCCUGCUUGUCUACUUUCUAUUUGCCUGUGCACUUAGUUUUGUAUUGCAUGUUUGGUACAUACAAAUUUUUGUUAGCAUCUAGAUGUGUACUCUUUAAAUUGGUUUCAACCUUACUAAAUGUUUGACAAACAUAAUACAUCUAUAUCAUUCAAGUGUCAAUAUUUUGUGGAAAACUUAGCUAAUAUUUUACUAUAUACUCACUCCAGUAGUUAUUUUUGCGAUACGAUUUUCAAGAACUUUAAGCUUUAAACUUUCUUGACACACAGACGGAUGGUUUUGUCAAAAAAAAAAAAGAAAAAAAGAAAACCGAAAAUGCAUUGGUUGCUUAUAAAGGCCUUUUAAAUAUGUGUUUAAAUUAUAACCAUAGAUUUUUUUGUAUAGCGGCGUAUAGCAUUUUGGAGUAUUUGAUUUUUUCCGUCAUAAAUUACUUUUACAAUAGAGUGGCAGGACAAGCCGUCAGUCAAGCCAACCUGAGGAUACCAGGUUGUUAGCAAGGGAAAGUCGUGGAGCCAAUGGCUCCUGAUCAUUUGGGCAACACAUGACCUAGUU